CACUUUUUUUUUUUUUAGGGGUUUAUAAGAAGAUAUAGGAACCGCUUCUCAAGCUGAAGACAAAGUAAAAGAAAACUGUAUCAUGUGUUAAAAUACCGAAGGGUGAAAUUUCUUGGAUUAGCAUAUUUCUGGAUUGUAAAGGAAAGGAAAGAAGAGACUGAAAAUGGGGAGAAAGAAAAUACAGAUCACGAGAAUAAUGGACGAACGGAACAGACAGGUCACCUUUACGAAGAGGAAGUUUGGAUUAAUGAAGAAGGCGUAUGAGUUGAGUGUACUCUGUGACUGUGAAAUAGCACUCAUCAUUUUUAACAGCUCUAACAAACUCUUUCAGUAUGCCAGCACUGAUAUGGACAAAGUUCUACUUAAAUACACAGAAUACAACGAGCCCCAUGAAAGCAGAACCAACUCAGAUAUCGUUGAGGCUCUGAACAAGAAGGAACACAGAGGGUGCGACAGCCCGGACCCUGACACUUCAUAUGUGCUCACGCCACAUACAGAAGAAAAAUAUAAAAAAAUAAAUGAAGAGUUUGAUAAUAUGAUGCGGAAUCAUAAAAUCGCAGUGAGUACUAAACCCGGCUUGCCUGCUCAGAACUUCUCCAUGUCGGUUACGGUUCCAGUGUCCAACCCCAACACUUUAACCUACAGUAACCCAGGGAGUUCCCUCGUAUCCCCAUCACUGGCAGCCAGCUCAUCAUUAACAGACACGACCAUGCUCUCCCCACCUCAGACCACCCUGCAUCGGAACGUAUCACCUGGGGCCCCGCAGAGACCACCAAGUACUGGCAAUGCUGGUGGAAUGCUGGGGACAACUGACCUCACAGUGCCAAAUGGAGCUGGUACCAGUCCAGUUGGAAAUGGGUUUGUGAAUUCUCGAGCUUCACCAAGCCUGCUCGGCACUGCUGGCGGUGGGAAUGGCUUAGGCAAAGUCAUGCCUACAAAGUCUCCACCUCCACCUGGAGGAGGUAAUCUUGGAAUGAACAAUCGCAAACCGGACCUCCGUGUCGUCAUCCCACCCUCCAGCAAGGGUAUGAUGCCACCGCUGACGGAGGAGGAUGAAUUGGAGUUGAAUACCCAAAGGAUAAGUAGUUCUCAGUCCACGCAGCCCCUCGCCACCCCCGUGGUGUCAGUGACAACUCCCAGCUUGCCGCCGCAGGGACUCGUGUACUCGGCCAUGCCCACUGCCUACAACACUGAUUACUCCUUGACUAGCGCAGACCUGUCUGCCUUGCAGGGAUUUAACUCCCCAGGAAUGCUGUCUUUAGGGCAGGUAUCUGCCUGGCAGCAGCACCAUCUUGGUCCAGCAACCCUCAGCUCUCUCGUUACUGGCAGCCAGAUAUCUCAGGGUUCAAAUUUAUCCAUUAACACCAACCAAAACAUCAACAUCAAAUCGGAGCCCAUUUCACCUCCCCGGGACCGCGUCACUCCCUCGGGGUUCCCGCAGCAGCAGCCCCCGCAGCAGCCGCAGCCCCCGCAGCCCCCGCAGCAGCCGCCGCAGCGCCAGGAGUUGGGCCGCUCUCCUGUCGACAGCCUCAGCAGCUCCAGCAGCUCCUACGAUGGCAGCGACCGCGAGGACCCUCGCAGCGACUUCCACUCUCCCGUGGUGCUGGGAAGGCCGCCGAAUUCAGAAGAUAGAGAGAGUCCGUCAGUAAAACGAAUGAGGAUGGACACGUGGGUGACAUAAACUCGCAGUGUUGCCUCUCCAGUUUUGUGUUCUCAAAAUGAACUGUCCUGACAUAUCUAAAUUUAUGAAUAAGGACAUGAAAUAAGUAUAUUUAUAUGUAUAUACAUACGUGCAUAUAUAUAUCUUCACAUGCAUAUAUAUGUGCUAGUGUGUGUAGCAUACACAGAAUCAUCAGGCACUUAUUACAAACUUCUUGUAUAGCUGCAGAUGUCCCAUGGUAAAACGUAACAGAACAAUCCUGUAGGUAUUGAUCUAGUCUGGCACUUACCUGGACUUGUUGUUUUAAUGAUAUAGCCUGUUUUGCAAAGAAACAUUGUACCCGUAUUAUAAUCCUACCACACUAGAUUGCAGAAACCAAGAGGGCUCGCCUGUAGUAACGUCCCUGUGUGUUUUAUUAAAGCUGUAUGGUUACUUGUAGUUAAGAAAUAAUGCUUUGUAGCAGCAGAGCAGUAGAAAAGCAGGAAGAAGAAAGCAAUACUGUACAUAAAAUGACCUUUAUAUUACCCCACCUGGCAUGGGUCUCUAUUGCAGAGGGUGCAUGGAGAAGGGCUGAUGCUAGAGAAAAUAAAAAAACAAAAACCUGUUUUGCACGUGCAAAAAAAAAAGUGUAUUGGGUCAAAGAAGUGAUUUUUUUAACAAGUGAGAGAGAGACAUAGAGAACUCGCAUGAAAUAUUCCGAAAAUAUUAGCCUAGAAAAUAGAACAUUAACAAAAUAAAAUUAAUAUAUUAAGUUAUAAUUGGAAUAUGUUUGACAAAUUUGUUUUUACGUUCAUACCUUUGAAAAAUAUAGAAACGGAUUUUAGCUCAUGUAUAUUUUAUAUUAAAGAAAACAAUACCCUAAUGAAUUGAAGACUAUAUAUAAAGUUAUAUACAGUACUUUUGAACACAUUCUGCUAUGAAUUAUUUAUAUAAGCCAAAGCUGUAUGUUGUAGCUUUUUUGUAGAGUAUAGUUUUAUCUUAUUUUGACUUUCUAGUUUUUGCUUUCAAAGAUGAAAAGGAAAAACUUGCAGGCGGAACCUUGGGGGAAAAAUAAGCCAUGAACACUUAUAUGUAAAUUUAAAUUUGAGCCAAACUCUUUGUGUAUAUAGCAUCUUAAAUAUAUUAUCACCUUUGGUGUAAGUACCUAUGUAUUGUACGUUCACCAGAUUAAAAAGUAUAUUUUUGUGGAUUGACGCCGACUUGAGAAAGGCGAGGUCCUUAUUAAGUAGAGUAUUCACUGUUUAAUAUUUACUAUUUUGUUAAAUAUACUGUACUUUCUUUGGAUUUUAAUUAUUAUUAAUAUUAUUAUCCAGAUUUUUCAGAGGGUGUAUAAAGGGGUUUGUCCCCCUCACUGGUGGUGAAUGUGUGCCGUUCAAUUGUAAUCUCUGUGCUGUAUGGUUAAGCUUCAUUAUACAUUUUAUAUAUAUGUAUAUAAAUAGCAAAGUGGCAAAAAAAAAAAAAUCCGGCGUUAAGUUCAUCCUGCAUAAAUAUAAAAAAAUCUGCUACAACACAUCUUAAGGCAUCGUUUCAAAACUGCCUCUUCCGAGGAGGAAAAAAAACAAAAACCAGUGGAAAAAGCUUGACCUAAUUUCUCCUGAUAGGGAAAUAACACAUAUCAGAUGAGCACAAAGGGUUUCUGAAGUGGUGAGUGGUUUGGGAUAAAGGGGCUUCAGAAGGAAACAGGCAGAGCCUCUUUGCUGCUUCCCUGAGGCAGAGCAGGGCCAAGGCUUGCUCUGCAUGGAGCUGUGGGGAGGAAGGGCAGCAGCAGCUCCUGGGAAAGGCUGCACCUGAGCAGCAGCAAACUGCAGGAGCUGGGAGCAGCCACCUGCAGGGGAACCAGCACUGCUCCAGGAGCGCUCCUGCCUCGGAGGCACCUCCUUCCCACCCCUGGCUCCAUGCAGAUCACCUUCCUGCAUGUUCUUUUAUGCCGGGAACCAAAUUAAGUAGACCUUAAUGAAUUCUUAAUGAAUCACUGCUGGUAGUUCUGAGGGAAAAAAAAGAAAGACAACAGUGCUAUUUUGUUACUGAAAGCCCUGUAAGUAAUCCCUGCUGUUUAUAACAUAAUUUUGCCAGAUUUCAAAAAAUUAAUUGAUAUUUUAGCUAAGGAGUGUGAGAAGCAAAAAUCCCGUGUGAUGCAGUGGGGGCAGCUCCAGCGCCUUCAUGGCUGCCCGCUUUGGCGUGCGGCUGGAGAACCAGGCUGGUGCCUGAGGCUCUGCUGCUGUCACGGCCACUCCUGAGCCCCUGCAGCCUGGGUCACGGCUGAGCUGUGAUGUCCUGCAGUUCCCAGGUGCAGGAACCUGCAGGAAAGGCAGACUUUUCUCACAGCAGCUCGUUUAUUUCCCAAGUGACCAAAUUCACUGACCACUGCGGAGAGCCUUUUGAUGCUUGGAGAAGUUACGUGGUUUUUUCAUUAUUUAUGCACAUCUAUGAACUUUGCUGUACAUCUGAGUGGGAGUUCUGCAUUCACAUUUACUGUCUAUUUUCUUGUGUGCCUUACGAGAUGGCUUUGCUGACUGUAUCUCAAUAGUCUUUAUUUCUAUGCAGGUUUGUAAACAGUGCUAUUACUGUUUUCUUAAAGAAAAAGCUACAUAAGGGUUAGAGUUUGUAUUGAAAUUGCACCUACGAAUUAAAAAACCACCACGUAAGUUCCUAGGAACUGCUCACGGGACUGUUCUGGUGUUGCCCUGUGCCCCAUCCCCUCCCACAGACUCAGCAGGAGACUUUGGCCACGUUCUCUCCUAGCGGGAGAACCUCACGCCACUGAAUAAAUGGGAAGCCUGGUUUUUAAUAACAGGUAACUAACUUUGGAACAUACUUUUUUAGGAAUUGUAAAGAUGUUUUAUAAUGAGAAAAAGACAUAGCACAGAUAUUUCAACAGGUGAAAAAUACUUUUUUUAACUAAGUAAAUAUAUUGAAGUUUUAAGUGAAUCCAAUCCUAGUUUGAACCCAUUGAAGCCUGAGUGACUUCAGAUUUCUAUCUGAUCUUCUGUUGUGACAAAUCACCUCUCCAUCUCUGAGCUCUCACUGUAGUAUUUAAAUUCACAUGUAUUUGAAAAUCCCCGUCAGGGAUUUGUCAGAACAACGCUUCAGCCUUUCCUUUCACUCCAAGGACACUAAAGCAUCCCAACCUUGCGAAUUGCUGUGCGCACAAGAAAUACAUAGUAAAUAAGGAACAUAACAACUCCUAACAAUCCAUCACGGGAAGAAGUUAAAUUAGAAUGUGAAAGAAAGACUUCAAUGUAAACGUUUAAAUCUUAGUAGAAACUUUCUUCACUUUGCUGUGCAAGAGAACACUGCUUUGCUAUAUUUAAAAUGGCUUUUUUAAAAGAGAUUUAUGUAUUUGGUAAAUGUUUGUAGUCAACAGUUCACAAAGAAGCUGUUCACGGUUUAAUGAUGAUAAGCCGUUUGGCGGCACAAGCUGGACUUUGUUGCCAUCCUUGAGACGAAUCUUUUAAGAAAAAAAUAAGUUAAUCUCAAUUUUUUCCCUGAAUGUGUUGUUUUUUCUUCAAUAUACAAUAAAUAUUCUAGUGAACUUUUUAUCAAAUGGUUAAGAAAAAUGCUAGAGGUUGUUGUAAAAUAUUUGUAUCCUGCAUUCACUAAAGUAAAGAUACUGGCUUUUACUGUGUA